AUCGAUGUGCGCAAACGCAUCAGUGUGAUCACCUGCGGCAGAGCGCCCGCACCGUCAGUAGCAAUGGGGUCCUUGAUGAAGACGGUCGUGCUCCUGUGCGUCAUAUCCUCGGUGUUAUGUACGCCAUUCAUCAAUAAGCUACAGCCAGGACAAGAAUGGCCUACUCGCAGCUCAGUUAAACAACCGUAUCAUCAAUUCGAUGAGAUUGAAAAUGGGACAAUAUCAGACACAGUUGCUACUGAAGUCGCAGCUAAUGAAGAAAAAGCGCCUGAAAAUAACAAACCUAAGGCAAAAGAAGAUGACGUAGAGAGAAUAGACUACAGCGGAGCCCAAGUUUGGAAAGUAUCAACAAAGAAAUCAAACGCACACCGUGUUAUUAAUCAACUCGCGUCCGAGAAACUCAUAGCAUCAUGGGGAGGCAACCACACAUCAAUAGACAUUCUUGUGAAACCGAAAGCCGUAGAAAACGUAACUGCAACCCUAAAAAAUAAGGACAUUGCAUAUUACAUCAUGAUUGAAGAUCUACAACAAAGAAUCGACGAGGAAAAUCCACCCUUAGAUGAAAAUGAACUGGAGUUGCAAGACAGACGAGCAAGAGCUUACAAUUUUUGGCGUUACAGGGAAUCUCAUCGCCGACUAGGUUUCAUUAGUGCCUACAUGGGGUACAAUUCUCUCAACCUUCCCAUGGAGUAUUGGCCAAAUGCAAAUUGGGGUCAUCGCAUGACAUGGAAGCAGUAUCAUAGACUGGAAGAUAUUCACGGUUUUUUGGACUACUUGGCAAAAACGUAUCCUUCAAUCGUUAGCGUUAAUAGCAUAGGAAAAUCUCACGAAGGCCGCGACCUCAAGGUAUUACGCAUUUCAGACGGCAAAAAGACUAACAAAGCAGUGUUUAUUGACGGCGGCAUCCAUGCGCGUGAGUGGAUCAGUCCUGCUGUCGUUACAUACUUCAUUAACCAAUUUGCGGAAAACUUUGAUGUCGAAUCUGACGACAUUAGAAACAUUGACUGGUAUUUCUUGCCAGUAGUGAAUCCUGACGGUUACGAAUAUACGCACAAAACGGACCGUCUCUGGCGUAAGAACAGGAGAGGAUUUGGUGGUUGUGCCGGCGCAGAUCUCAACAGAAACUUUGGAUAUCAAUGGGGGGGCAAAGGAGCGUCAAGAUAUCCAUGCAGUGAAAUCUACCGCGGCAGCGGGCCGUUCUCUGAACCAGAAUCUAAAGCAAUUGCUCAAUUCUUCAAAAGUACUGGAGCAGACUUCUCCGCAUACCUGACAUACCAUAGUUAUGGACAGUACUUGCUCUACCCAUGGGGCUAUGACAAUGCAUUGCCGCCAGACCAUAAGAACCUUGAAACUGUGGGCAAGAUGAUGGCUCAGGCUAUACAAAAGACUGGAGGAUCAGAAUACAAAGUAGGAUCAUCAAGAGGGCUUCUCUACCCAGCUGCUGGUGGCUCCGAUGACUGGGCCAAAUCAUUAAACAUCAAGUACACUUACACAAUUGAAUUGAGCGACACUGGCCGUUAUGGCUUUGUGUUGCCAGCGUCAUACAUUGAGCCUGUUGCUAGGGAGAACUUAGCUGGCUUAAGAGUUCUAGCAAGCCAAGUGAACAAAGAGUAACAUUAAUUAGACAAAGUAAGAAUAUAUUAUUUAUUUUAAGUUAGCAUUCCUAAUCAUGACAUGAAUGUACAAAUGAUACUUAAGUUGUCCUUUUAAAAGAUGGGACCUUUGAAAAUGUACUAAAAAAAGAUGAAUAUAAGACUGUUCAGCAGUAAUAUUUAAUUAAAUAAAUGUCUAUGAAAUCUUUGACUGUU